CAUGUGGCGGGACGCACGCGCGCGGAUCCAGAGGAUGGGGAUUUAAACUCGCGGACCGUGCAGCAGACACCGUCACCCGCGCGUGAGUCCCCCGUGUCUGACGUCUUUCUCUGUUUAUGGACACCGGGAGCCGCGAGACCUUAUCCCCGGGGUUAGAGUCCGGGCUGCGGGGGGGACAGAGACCGGAGCUCCGCGCUGACCGACCCGGAGAGAGGCUCUGAGAGAGGACCGGAGUGUGUGAGUCUGUGAAAUGGCGUUGCCGGCUGGACGCAUAUGAUUGGACAUGGAGACCGUCAGCGCAGUCAACGCCACGCAGGAUGAGCUCCGCCUCCUGACCCCGCCUGACGAUGACUUUGGUAACCUCGUGUACCACGACUACGACACCAAUGCCGGCGGUGGCGGCGUCAUCCCGCCGGCGAUGCCAACGUCGGUGAUGAAUUUUCCAGAGGACCCCAUUAAACUGCUGAGUGUUCAGGUGGUGUUGAUCUUGGCCUACAGCACCAUCAUCGUGCUGGGGGUUCUGGGUAAUUCUCUGGUCAUCUACGUCAUCUACCGCUUCAAGACGCUCCGCACCGUCACCAACUUCUUCAUCGCCAACCUGGCUGUCGCCGACCUGCUGGUGAACACGCUGUGCCUCCCCUUCACCCUGGUCUACACGCUGCAGGGCGAGUGGAAGUUCGGCAGCACGCUCUGCUUCCUGCUGCCGUACGCCCAGGGCCUCGCCGUGCACGUCUCCACGGUGACGCUCAACGUCAUCGCCCUGGACCGCCACAGGUGUAUCGUGUACCACCUGGAGACCAGGAUGCGUAAGGACGUGUGUUUCGGCGUGAUCGCUCUGACCUGGGUGCUGAGCGCCGUGCUCGCCAGCCCUCUGGCCAUCUUCAGAGAGUACGGAUCCUUCACCCUGGAGCCCGGACACACCAUCCAGGUGUGCACGGAGAAGUGGCCCGGUAAGAACACGGACGGCACCGUCUACAGCAUCUCCAUGCUCAUCCUGCAGUACUUCCUGCCGCUGUCCAUCAUCUCCUUUGCCUACGCCCGAAUCUGGUCCAAGCUGCGUGGCCACGUCAGCCCGGCGGAGAACUGCGGUGGCGGUGGCGGCAGCAGCAGCGCCGGCUCGGAGCGCCACCGCCGUCGCCGCAAAACCACCAAGAUGCUGGUGACCAUGGUGGUGGUGUUCGCCGUCAGCUGGCUGCCGUUCCACGCCUUCCAGCUGGCCACGGACAUCGACAGCACGGUGCUGGACAUGCGAGACUUCCACCUGCUCUACACCGUCUUCCACGUGGUCGCCAUGUGCUCCACCUUCGCCAACCCGCUGCUGUACGGCUGGAUGAACCGCAACUACCGCGCCGCCUUCCUCGCCGUUUUCAAGUGUCGCCGGGGAGGGGAGAGGGGGCGGGGCGGGCGGCUGGACAGCAUCCACCCGGUCGGAGGAGGAGGUGGUGGAGGAGGUGGAGGAGGAGGAGGGAGGGCGAAGAAGAUCGUGCUUGAAACGCAGGAUGUGGUGUCCACCCACCUGAACGCCACGGACGUGUGAGCGUCCACAAGGAGGAGGGAGAUGACGCAGGAAAGGAGAAAAGAAAAUCAUGUCAGGGAAUCUUUUGUUCCCCCAGAAAGACAAAAAGACGAGAUAAGGACGUGAGAGGAAACAGAAACAACAGAGCGAGGAGGAGAAGGAGGCGGCGGGGGGAUUAAAGAGUUUUUCGGGGGAGCCGAGAAUAGAAGACGAGCGGGGGAUUAGAAAAAGAAUGACAGACAGGAAGAGCUGCUGACUGACUCCUCGACCAAUCAGAUCGCGUCCCCUGGAGGACGUGACCUCAUCACGGCGGCAUGAAGGAGAAAAGUUUGACACUUGAUGGAAAACUUUGAUUGUUCCAUAAGAUCCGACAAUAACUUUUAAUGCAAAAUCGUGUCAAAAUAGGGCUUUAAUCCAUCUCCAUUCCACAUGUGAAGCAUUUAGCUCGUACAUUUAACCCAGAGUGGCUUACAGCGGGGCGGGACAACCCGCACCAGUCCUGCAGCAGCUUCCUUUUUUUUUUUUUU